AUGACUACUGACGGCGCGGUCGUGUCAAAUGGCACCUUUAAUGGUACUGUCGUUGCCCCUCAGACCAAGAUCGCACUGUCUGGAAAGGUGAUAGCAAUUACUGGAGCGAAUAGAGGUAUCGGUCUUGGCAUAGCAAACUCAUGUCUCAGCAACGGCGCCGACCAAGUCUUUUCCAUCGACGUCGGCGAAACAGGGGACGACUUCGCAGCAGUGCAGAAGCUUUAUUCUUCACGACUCCAUGCCAUCAAAGCGGACGUGACUAAGGAGGAGACCAUCACUACCGCCCUGGACCAGAUCAUCGAGCAAGCCGGAGGCCUACACGGCGUCGUAGCUAAUGCUGGACGGACGAAGCACAAGCCUGCUCUUGACUUCACGACAGAGGAGAUCGAUCAGUUGUGGUCGAUCAAUCUGUAUGGAUCGUUCUAUACUGCUCGUGCUGCGGCGAGGGCGUUCAUCAAGCAGAACGUGAAGGGCUCGAUCGUCUUCACGGCGUCGAUGGCGUCGUAUCGACCGAACAAGAGGGUUCCUUCAGCGCCGUAUGGGGCCAGCAAGGCCGGUGUACGAAAUAUGACGCAUACUCUCGCCAUGGAGUGGGCACAGUAUAACAUUCGGGUCAACUCAGUGAGCCCGGGGCUAGUGAACACAGCCAUGACCUACUGGGUCCCACAACAGCCCGACUGGGAGCAGCAGCUCAAGUACUACGGCGGCAUGCCCAGGCUAGCAGAAGUCGAGGAACUUGGUGGCGCAUAUGUAUAUCUCCUCAGUGACGCGGCGAGCUACACGACCUCGAUCGAUAUCCCUGUGAACGGUGUCAUUGGUAUCGUUAGGGAAUAUGGCCGACGCGGAAACCUGCCCGCGUAUUCUCCGAACCUCGAACUUCGAAUACCAGCUUCAUUCACCCCAUCAUCUUUCACGAAGGAACGAAGGAUCAUGUCGGCCGCGUUCGUACGACCCACCGCAAAUCGAGCAGUCCAUCUGAGGUUCACACCACGUCCAUCUAGCCUAGGAGAAUCUCGAGAAAUCUUGCGGCUCAUCUCACAAUUUGGUGAGGUCGAGCAUUUCAAGAACCUCAACUACGAUGCCUUGAGCGCGCCCAAUACCGCCAUCGUCAUCUUCAGGGAAGCAGAGGCUGCAAGCCAUUGCAUCAAGAAAAGUCCCAUCAGGUUCCGCAUGGGCCCAGCGGAGCAGAGCCAGGAUCCUGAUACCACAGAGGAGGGACUGCGACUCUUUCAAAUCCAGGCAAACACAGCACGCAUCAAUCUUCGCGAUCAACUCAAUAGCUCUCACUUCCAUGGCAACUUUGCGAUAGAUGGCAAAAACGCAGCCCAGCAGGAUCUGAACCAUCGCGUGCCUAUGAAAGGACUGAGCGACGUGAACUGGCGAGCUGUCGACAAGCCUUGGGACAUCGUGAGCAGGGAGAAGGCAAAUCAUGGCGCUUUCAAGACCAGCGGCAAGCGUAAGAGUCUGCAGGAGAUCGCAUCCGAAGCUGCAUCAAGUCCGGUCUGA